GAAAUAUGCCCAACAGAGAUGAAGGGCCAGUGUACUAUAGGGAGAUACAGAAGAAUGCUUUCCUCAAGAGAAUACCAGAUGAUACCACGAGCAAAUUGCGGCCGUUGGUGCAGAAGAAACCGCCACUCAAGCCCAUGUGGACUCUCUUCUGUGUCCACAACGGCAAGACUCCUUACCUGGAGCAGUAUCCACAGCAGGAGAGCUCGUUAACUCAUCGUCCAACUUGGAGGGCAUGCCUAAAGACAGCGAGACAUGUUACUGCUAGUGUCAAGCCACAUUCGGGGCAGGAGUACGACUUCCUUAUCGACACUGAUAACGGACCUGUUCGGAUGCUUGCUCCUGAUUGGGAGUCUAUGCAAGACUGGGUGGCAACACUACGCAACAAGCUGCACGAGUUACGUAUACUGACACGCGGUGAGAACGUGUACGGGGCGGGGCCAGUGGUGGCCACGCCCCGAGCCCCCGCUCGCGAUCCCACCUCCCCCCUCCCUCCCACACCGCCAGUACCGCCUGAUAGGGUGCCAGGCAUAGAACUAACUCCAAUCCGUCCAAAUACAGAAACGCAGACUAAUAUAGAGUCUGUGAAUAGCAAUAGUACUGGUGCGAGUAAUCGCGCCGCAUGUACUGUCACAGACACAAAUGUGAGAUCCGUUGGUACAGUCGCCAACACAAAUUUCUACACAAACAAAACACUCGCUAAUAUCGCGAAUAAUAAUGCAGCUAGUACAGUCGCGAGCACAAGUGCAAAUAGUGCAGCUAAUAGGAAUUUAAGUACACUUAAUAUUAAUAAGUUUACCGCAGCUUGUGGGGCAAACACUUCACAUAGUAACACAAACGUGACAGUCACGUGCACAAGUCAAUCAAGUACAGUCGUAGACAAAUAUAACUCGCACAGUACAGUCACGAGUAUUAACACACCGUUUACAUGUUCCCUCGCGAACACAAGCAAGCCCAUAAGUACAGUCGCGGACACAUUUACAAAUUUCUCAUUGGAAAAGGCUCUCAAUGAGAUUCAAAGAUCGGAAAUUGAUAUUUCGAGUUGGGACGAACCGCCCGUUGCAAUGGCUAAUCAGAAAAUAACGAAAGCGAAGAUCUGCGGGCAGAAUAUAUGUCUCGACGAUUCGAUAUUAAAACGGACAGCGUGUGAUGAAGACAGUACUAGCGAUGCGAAUGAAAGCGAUACGGAUUUUACUCAAAUGCUAUCAGUGAAUGAGGAAAACUCGGAUAGUGUAGAAAGCCCGCCCCAGAGUAAUGUAACUGUCAUUAAAGUGUCAAAUAAGCCGGCACCACACACAGCUAUUCCAGUCUUAGGCCCGCCGUCAGACGUGUUCGACUUUAACUUCAAACAAAACCUCACCAUAAACCAGACAAAACCGGACAUCGUGAAUAUUAUUAACACGAACGAUCGCUACGGCACGGUUUUCGAUCCAGAGCCGCAGUACGGACACAUCAGUUUGACAACAACUGUCAGUUUGACAGGUGAACACAAGAUGGCGGACGCGACGGCUAAUGAUAGCGUUUAUGAGCGACUUUGUAUGGCGUCUACGUCUAACGCAUCCCCUUUGUCGAUAAGACGGUUGAGGAAUGGCGAUAAAAAUCGUAAGUCGUCCCUGCCUAACCUAGAAACGGACUAUGAAUGCUUGUUUCCGAGUUCGAGUGAGAAUAAUCUAGUGAAUGGUGUUAAUACAACUGAAGUAUCGACUUUAGAAAGGAGGACUAACGUUGAACGGUCUCAAAGUCAGAAUGCCUAUGACGUAGCUCCUAGAGCAAGAGAGAAUAUCGCUAGAAGAGUACAGAAUGAUACAAAACCUGAUAUUAAGAGUGGUAACACGGCCCAGAAACCAAUAUGGCGGCGAGGUCUCACUGAACUGUCACUGCUGACACGACUCAAGAGCAUAAAGCAAGGGAGAAGACAAGACAGUCCCACCCGAUGUGAAAAUAAUGGGACAGAGAGAGUGUCUUCACCGCAGAAAGUGGUAAGAAGAGCAAGAACAGAGAACAGAGUCGACAGCAGCAGAAGAAGGAGUAACUCUCUUAGCAAUGGUGAAGUGGCUCCCAGUUCAGUUCUGGUGCCCCUCCGGACUCGUCAGGCUGCGGCACUCCGAGCUGAACAGAGGAGAGGGGCCUGCGUCACUACAGUACCUGUGAGGGACGCACCAUUGUUCGUCGAUUACGAUAACAGAAUAUGGAUAGCGCGAUGGGGUUGUGGUGGCGCGAGAUGCGCCGGUCGCGCAGGUGAUGCGUUGGCAGCCCUGGGCGCAUUGCAGCCAAUCAGCGAGUCGCACGCCCGACAGAUCAUACACGGACACCGCAAGCAUAUGAUCGACGUAUUGUUCUACCGUGUGCCGUUAGCGAAAAUAUUCGUAAUUACGAAGAAGGACAACGAACAUGUCGGUAUUAAGCUUGACAACGAAUGCACAAUACAGUCCAUAGAAGCUAAUAGUCCGGCAUCGCGCGUUGGGUUUCCGCCAGGCAAAUGGGCUGUCACGGAAGUUAACAACCGACCCAUUAAUCUGGUGAAAGGUGGUGAAGAAGAAAUGAACCGGCUCAGUGCCCGAGGUACUGAGGUGUCCAUAUUAAUCCAACCGAGUGCUCUGGUGAAGAAAAUUCGCGCAGCUGUCAAAUCCAACCGCCCUUUGCUCGGUAUUAGGUGAUCAAAAGGUGUAUAUACCCACCAAUGUGUCAAAACAUAUUUCGAUAUUGUAAUCUUCUGGUUGUCUUAAAGUAUAGUUUGUGAUAAUUAAUAGAUUUAUUCGUCUGAACUAACAUUAUAAAGAGGAAAUAUUUGUGUUUUUGUAUGUAUGUUUGUGAACGAUUUCAGAAAUACUUUCACCAUUAGAAUGCUGCAUCUUCACUAACGGCCGUUUCCAAUAUUCAGUCUAUCUCUUACUUGAGAUAAAAAUCGCAACUAUUGUUUACUUUUCUGUCCCGAUAAACUUAUCGACGGUAACUCACCUUAUCAGAUUCAAAUUCAAAUAUUUUUAUUCAAAAUAGGACGUGAAAUCACACGCUGUCUGGCAAUGGGACGACGUAUAGCUUACCAGCGAUAGAAGUUUGUAUGUAAAUUGAAAUUCACGCGUCCCAAUAUAAGGCGAUAAGAGUGACCUAUCGGGUAUAUUGGGACAGCUUCAGAUUUAGGUAGUAAUUUAUCUCUAUCUGUAGAUAGUAUAUUGGGAACGGCCGUAAGGCUUCUUUAUUCUAACAAAACGGCCGAAACAUAACCCAAGGUGUGAAAAAGUUGGUCAUAAAAUUAUCGCAUGCGCUGCGGAAUCUAUUGAUGAUAAAACAAAAAAAUAUUCUACAGUAUUAUAGAACGUAUAAAUAUCUACAAAAAAGUCCACGAUAGAAUAUGUCACUAUAACUACUUUUUUACAUUUUAAAAGUCGAUAUAUUUGCCGACAAUAAUCAAACCAUAGUAUUCGUACCCCUGUAUUAAACCUUAUCCCGUUAAACGAUAUUUUAUUAAAGGCCAUUUCAAUAACUGUAAAAUACUUUUUAAAUUUUUAAAAUCAGAUAUUCCAAUGUCAAUCUAGAGAAAAUAAUGCAGUAAUCAAAUUAUUACUAAGCGAAAUAUAACUUUUAUGUUAACAAAAAUAAUUCUAUAGUCCGACUUAGUAGACUUUCCAUAACCGCGGGGCAUAGAUAGUUAUUUAUAUUGUUGUCUCUACGUAUAUCUCAAUAAUAUUAAUAUAAUAUUGACACACUUUUACACAAAUUAUCUUGCCCCAAACUAGGCAUAGUCUGUACUAUGGGUACAAGACAACGAUAUAUUUAAUACAAUAUACUUACUUAAACAUUUAAACAUCCAUGACUCGGAAACAAACAUCCAUAUUCAUCAUAUAAAUGGGAUUCGAACCCCGGAUCUCUAGCUUAGUAGUCACUUACCAUUCGGCUAUAUGGGUGGUCAAGGAAAUGUAGUAAAAUUUUUUGCAAAAAAUCUGGUAAAUAGUUAAGGUAGCCAAAUAACCUGUUUCGCUGGCAUCUUCAAGUUAUUUUAACACUUAACUUAGUAACUUGUAUCAUUAUAAUACUUUGAAUGAAUAAACAAAAAGUUUCUGUCAAUUUUGCCAUUUAAUUUUGAUGGAAUUGAUGAAAAAUGAUCCCAGAGUCUAAACACCUACAGAGGUUAAAAACUAAAGUUUUUUUUUAAAUAUAAAUAUUAAAAGUAAAAGUUAAUUUUGAGUGUGGCCCCCGUUUGCUAAAAUGACAGCGUGGAUUCGCCUGGGUGUGCUAAUAUUCUCAAAUGAUUAAAACCUCUUUUGGUAUUGUAUUUUCUAACGGCCGUUCCCAAUAUUCAGUCUCUAUCUUACUUGAGAUAAAAAUCGUAACUAUCGUUGACUUUUCUGUCCCAAUAGACUUAUCGACGGUAACUCACCUUAUCCGUGCACGCUGUCUGUCAAUGGGACGACGAAUAGCUUACCAGCGACAUAAAGUUUGUAUGGAAAUCGCAAUUCACGCGUCGGGUAUGACUUAUCGGGUAUAUUGGGACAGCUUCAGAUUAUUGGCAGCUAAUUACUGACAGUAGAAAAUAGUAAUUUAUCUCUAUCUGUAGAUAGUAUAUUGAGAACGGCCGUAAAGAGACGGAAAAAAUUAAAUUUACAUGAAUGAUAAUUUUUAAAUAGUGACUUUGAAAUACCCCCUUGUAUAUAUAACUUGGAAGAAAAAUAGCUUAGAAUUUUUAACAAAAUAAGUUGGCAGCUGAUAAUAUUCAAACCAUGUACUUAUUUGAUAUAUUUAGUCGUUUAUAAACUUUAUUAACCCUUGUAUAACGAUAUCUCUUUGUAACGUAUUUUGUAGCUCACACUGUAACGUUACAUUAGAUGGAAGCGAUUAUAGAAAAAUUUAUGUUACUUUUAACCUAUUUAACUUUAAUAUUGUGAGAAAACGAAUUGUAUAGUUGAGAAUUGAAUUAAAUCGGCAGUCUUUUAGUUUGGUUUUUGUCCCAAGAAUUUUAAACAUUAGUAAAAUCAUGGAAAAUGCCUGGUAGCAAAAUGCAAAGUAUCGCUUUUCUGCUAAAGAAUAACAACUAAAAAAUCCUUCUAACCAAUUAAAUGAAUCUAGUUGGUAUCUGCACAUAUUCUUAAGGCAAGUUUACUUUUUCAUUGGUUAAAAAAAAAUAAACUCACGUUCUAUAAAAUUUCGUAUACAUUCCCUAUAAAUGAAUAGUUUGGGUUCGGGACCAGGAAAAAAGCAAAUCUUAAAAAAAAAAAAUUAAAUUGUAAUAUUAAAUUAUUUUUUUUAUUGAAAAAGUAAGACAUCCUUUAUAAAUAUAUCGCAAAAUGGUUGUAAAACGAAGGCAUCUUUAAUAUUGAUAUAAUACGCACUGAGGUCAAUGACCGAAAAUAUAUCUAAUGCACGACUGCACUUAUGGACUGAUAUAUCUAAAUAAUGUAAAGUAAAUAUUAUUUUAAUAUUAAACAUAUUGGAAUUUGUUAAAUUGUUUACGAUUAUCGAAUAAGUGUUCGAAUUCAUAUCAUAAUUAAGUGUGAUCGAAAAUAUAAUCAAAAUAAAUUUUAAGAUUUGCUCGAAAUUAUUAAGAUCUGUAUAUGCUCAGAUAUAAAUAUCUUAAUAUCAUCAUAUUUUUGUAUUUACCAAAUACUAUAUUGUUUCUAUAUAGGUACUAAAAUGAGCAAAAAACAAAUACAGGAUUUCCAAAAUUGUACCUAAUUAUUCAAAAAAAGUGAUUGUGUCAGCUCCGACGCACGACUGGAGUUUACUCCUCAAGAACGAUUGUCUUUGAACAGGUACUAAAUAAAAUCAAGUCCAUUCGGUUUUAGUUACAAACAGACAUACAGCAGAAGCUAAUAAAAGCGUAUUAAUUAAAAAAUAAAAUAAUAGUUUAGGUUUAAAAUUGUCUAUUUGGCGUGAAAUGCGCUAUACAUACUCUCCAUAUUAAAUUAAACAUUUAAUUAUGUGCAUAGCUCAUAUAAAUUUGUAUGAACUAAAUUGAUAAUUCAAUAUUUAAUAAAUACAAAACACAUAUUUAUAUAUACAAUACAUGUCAUAUUAAUGUAUGAAUUGUAACUUAGCACCCACGUGCUUAUCAGAUUUUCCGGUACUAUUAUUUACACCACUUUCUUCCAUAAUUUAUAGAAUUUUCACUUAACAAUACAAAGCUUCAAAAUACAAGAAAGUGAAAGGUGCACGACAAAUGAUGCGCACCAAAAACGUUACUAUGCCAUUUCAUGAGUAGGUUUUACUAUCCAUAUUUUUCUCAUACCGGGCGCCUUAUAUGAAAAUCGAUUCUUAAGGAGUAAACUCCAAUAAACUCCAAAUACUGCAUGAGUUUUUCAUGUCAAAUAUACAGUGUUUUUGAAAUAGUUUAAAAUUUAUAUAAUAUAUAUAGGAAAAUUUUUGGUUGUAUUUUGUACUAUAUAAGACGCAUAUACAGGUAGUCCUUUAUUGAUUGAACCGGAAAUUGAACCCGCUACACGAAAAAAAACACCCUGUAGUUUUAUCGUACCGGAUAAUUUUUUUUUACAUAUAGCAUCAGAAAUAAAAGGAAAACCAUGAAUUUUAAUGUUUAAUGUGAAGUUUUGUUCAGAAAAAUGAUGAAGUAAUAUAUAACUGACAUUAUCAUCUUCGAUUCCCGGUUCAAUCAGGCAGCUUAAAUUGUUUUUUUAAAUAAAAUAAAGUGUGUGUAUACUUAUGUAUGCACGCAAGAAGUUAAUACUUCUUUGUCGUAACAAAACAAAUCCUUAAAAUUAUUUAUUCGUCGUGCUAUUCCACGUUUGUAGAAAGAACAAUAUUGUAAAAAUCGUGAAAUAAAUUAUUAUUGAAUAUUAACGAAUACGGCUGUAUUGGCUUGAAACCUUUGCCUGUCCUAAUAAUGGACGAAGAAACCAAAAAAUAAUAAUUAAUUUCGAAAACUUCAGAAAAUUUCUGAAAACUUUUCUUUUUAGAUGUCGUUGUGCGCGCGCAACGUAAUAGUCAAAGAAAUUUAUCUUCAAUAACAUCAAAAAGUUAUAAACAUCAUUAUGUUUUGCUUUUAUGUCAAUGUAAUUUUUCAGUUAUAAAGCUGUUUAAAUAUGAUUUAAAUACCAAUAAAAAUAAUAAUAAAUAAAUAAAACAAACAAUGUAAUUUAUCAGAAAUGUGUCAAUAGUCAAUGUUUAAAAGUCUUUUCAAUAAACAACUUCACCCUGUUACUUUUGUGUUACAGUGAUGCGCGCGCAUCUUAAAAUGUCACUCUCAUCAUUUUUUCAUAACGCGCCUAAAGAAGUAUAACUUCAAUAAAUUGUUCUUUCAGUAAAAUGUGGAAUAGCGAUGGGACACCCUGUAUACAACCUUAUUUGACGGAUUUUGUCAUAAUUUUGAUGGUACUGUAGUAAUGCAAUUAUACAGCGUGUUCGAUGUAAUAUUACAUUUAAUUAUCAAGCUAAAUUGUCUUAAUGUAAACGAUCUCCAAUUGGCUCGUGUAUAAAAGAUUUUUAUUUACUAGUUCUAAGUAUAUUCGUUUAUUUUAAA